AUGGUUGAUAAAGUGUCUGUUCGUAAUAAACCAGCAAGUAAUGUUCUGAAGUCGCCCAAAGUGGUGGAAGUCGCGAGGGCUCAUUACGGGUGCAGUACCAUGCAGCACGUGGAGUUGGAGGAUAUGGGUGGUACAAAGACUGUUGGCUCACACUGGAAGAUGCGCAACGCAAAGGAUGACUUGAUGUCUCCUUCUUUUUCAGCAGGUUUCUACACUGCCAUCACCAUUGCGGCGAUGGAGGACACGGGCUACUACAAAGGCAACUACCGCAAUGCUGAAAGCAUGGCAUGGGGUAGGAAUGCCGGUUGUGUGCUCUUUGAUAAGAAGUGCGUUAUUGACGGUGUGUCGCAGGUGCCGGAGAUGUUCUGUGACGGGGUAAUCUCUUUAAUAAGUGACUACAGGUGUACAUCAGACCGGUUGGGAAUUGGUGACUGCGCAAUCGCUUAUCAUGUCAAAUUGCCAGUAUAUUUGCAAUACUUUUUAAAUCCAACAAUGGGUGGGAAAGAUGCCUUUAUGGAUUUCUGUCCUAUUAUAAAAGCAUAUUCAACAACUUUGUGUUUAAAUGGAGAUGCAAGUAUUUUCCCUGGUUCUGUGUUUUCAGAGUCUGCGCGAUGCUUUUCAGCUAUCCCAAAUACUCCCAUCAGGAUAAGCAAUCACCAAAAUAUGCUCUCUAUUUGCGCAGACGUGCAGUGUGACAAGGACACCUCGAGGUACCGUGUGCGCGUGAAGGGUGCCAGUGAUUUCGUGGACUGUCCAUCCGGUACUACCCUUGUGCUUUCUGACUACAGUACAGAGUUUAAGUCUGGUGUGAUCACGUGUACACCAUAUGAGGAUGUAUGCUCUAAAUCCCUUUACCCCGACUAUAACCGCGAUAAUUACUUCAAUGAAAGCAGCAUCGCUACAUUCGGUACGACUAAUAUUGCGUACCAGUUGAUCUACACACUUGUUGCGGCGCUGACCGCAAUGAUUGUCCUCGCUGAAUAA